AUGGGCCAGGUGAAGGAGGCCUUCAGGAAGCUGGUGUGGCAGCACCACCCCGACAAGGCGCCGGAGCUUGAGCGGCCGGCGGCAGAGGCAAAAUUCAAAGAGGUCAAAGCCGCCUACGAAUCCAUUCUGCGCCGCCGCGCCGGCUACAACGUGCCGCCCCCGGGGUCCCCACCAAACCCCCAAUACGCAGAGGCGUACUGGCACGCAAACAGCGUCGAUGGGCGCGUGCCCUGGGGCAAGUACGGUGGCUAUGAGACCGAGCUGAAGUUCUACAAGGCCGCGGCCAAGGGCGGCCGCAACAGCCUGCUGGUGCUGACUCUGGCGGGCCUCAUCGCCAUCCCCAUCAUCACGACAACCGCGAUGCUGCUGCAGGGGAGCGACGGGCAGCAGUGGGGGUCGUUCAAGGAGGCCGGGCUGGACAGCUUGAGGGAGGGCCACCGCGUGAACGGCCAGGACAGCAGGGCCCAGCAGCAGCAGCAGCAGCAGCAGCAGCAGCAGCAGCAGCAGCAGCAGCAGCAGCGCGCGGCGUGCGCUCGCAGCGGAGGCGCGGCGACUAGAUCAUCGGCUGGAGGGGCGGGGCUCCCAGCCACGGUGUCAUUCAAUUCGCCUUUUGCGGCGCGUGAUCAGCUGGACACGCAGGCGUUCAGGCGAAAGUCGUACCUCAAGGGACAGCAGCAGAAGGAGCAGCAGCAGCAGCAGCAGCAGGAGCAGCCGCAGGAGCAUGCGGAGUAG